UUAAAUAUCUCCCCCUCUCAAAAGCCCGAUCCGGGAUUAAGGUUAUCGGUGUUCCCAAACCGCGCCGCAGUCCCCCCUCCUCCUCCUCCACGAGGACACCCUUAUCGCCGUACCCAAACACCCGCCUUUAUCUUCACCAUGAUGCAACAACCAUCAGGAGGAGUGCACCCACAACAGGUUCCGUCGGAUCCGCAGCAGCAGUACCAGCAGCAGCCACCGCAGCAGUGGAUGAUGAUGCCGCCACAGCAACAGGGCCAAGCCCCUCCGGCUCAGGCUGGGUGGGGCCCGCAGGCGCCCCAGCAGUACGCGACCACACAGAAUCCUGGCUCCGAUGAGAUCCGCUCCCUCUGGAUCGGUGACUUGCUGCAGUGGAUGGACGAGGCUUAUAUCCUCAGCUGCUUUGGUCCCACCGGAGAGGCUGUGAACGCAAAGGUUAUCCGCAACAAGCUUACGGGUCUGCCAGAAGGUUAUGGUUUUAUCGAGUUUAGGUCUCGCGCUGCAGCUGAGCAGUUCUUGCAGACAUACAAUGGCACUCUUAUGCCUAACACGGAGCAGAAUUUCAGACUGAAUUGGGCAACCCUAGGUGCUGGCGAGAGACGACAGGAUGAUGGUCCAGAUUUUACCGUCUUUGUCGGGGAUUUGGCUGCUGAUGUGACUGAUUAUAUGCUUCAAGAAACAUUUAGACAAAAUUACCACUCUGUCAAGGGUGCAAAGGUUGUAACUGAUAGGACCACAGGGCGAUCCAAGGGAUAUGGUUUUGUUAGGUUUGCUGAUGAAGGUGAGCAAUUGCGAGCCAUGACUGAGAUGAAUGGCCAGUUUUGCUCUACCAGACCAAUGAGGAUUGGGCCUGCGGCUACUAAGAAACCAGCCAGUGGUGGACAGCAAUAUCAGAAAGCUUCCUACCCAAGUACUCAAGGAAAUCCAGGCGAAGCUGAUCCAAAUAAUACAACAAUAUUUGUUGGGGGUCUGGAUCCCAGUGUGAAUGAUGACAUGUUGAGGCAAGUUUUCAGUCAGUUUGGUGAGCUUGUUCAUGUGAAGAUACCAGUAGGCAAGCGUUGUGGUUUUGUUCAAUUUGCGAACAGAUCUUGUGCGGAGCAAGCAUUGGGAUCGUUGAAUGGAACACAAUUGGGAGGACAAAGUAUUCGGCUUUCAUGGGGCCGCAGUCCUACAAGCAAACAGAACCAGCCAGAUCAGGCACAGUGGAAUGGCGCUGGUGGUGCUGGAUUUUAUGGAUAUCCACAAGGAUAUGAUGCAUAUUCGUACGCACCUCCUCCAGCCCAAGAUCCUGCCAUGUAUUAUGGAGGCUAUGCUGCUGGAUACGGAAACUACCAGCAGCCUGGUGCAUACCAACAGCAACAGCAGUGAUUUGUAGCUGCCUGCCUCACAUGCUGAAAGCUGGGGGUAUCAUCGACUUCCGGUGCAUCUCAGGUUGCGGAUUUAGUAUUGGCUGUUGUAUGAUGUUGUGGAGCGCACUCUCAACUUUUAAUCUGUAUUUUUUUUUUCCUUUUUCUGUUCCUCCUUCGCACCCUUGAUUGCCUCGAGUGAGAUUCGGGAGACGAUGCACUUUUAUGAUUGUUAUUUGGAGCUUUAUAUAUAUUCAGCUGUGGAUUUUCGUGUUGUAUGCA